CUAUAGGAAUCCUUAUGGUGUCAUUAUGAUGUAUUUUCUCUAAGUGGCAGCUAGGUAUUGAUUAUAUCUGACAUUUUAGAUAAACAGUGACUUCAACUAAUAAAACUUGAUCAGCACUGAUCAGGUUUUAUUAGUCAAUAUAAGUCAUCAGGUGCUGAUCAUUUUAACUAACUUUCUGUCCCUGCUUUCUGUUUGUGUUUCUUUUACAGAAACCUACGUUCCUCCAUUUAGAAGUACAAACCUUCACACACAUUUACAUGAUAUGACUUUUUAAUUAAUAUGGCUUUCAUGGUUUCAUCUGGGUCUCUUUGGUGGUAACACUUGACAAGAACCAGUACCUAUUGGGAAACAUUAAGCUAACCAUGGGCAGGUUUCCAGUAUGUGACCCUUUUUUCUGGCUCUGCUGGGUCUUAUCUACUUGCAUCUUGGAGUAACUUUGGGUGUUUUCCACUGGGAAAUCGCACUCUAACCUGUUAAUGUGCGGUUUGGUUCUGCUCCUCGUUACUGUGGACGGGCUGUGAUCACCUCAAGGUUCUGGUUCUGAUGGACUCAAAUAAACCAGAUAUUUAAUUUGGUUUCAUAGAAGUUCAAUGCUGACCCAAACAUAAUUAUAAACACUCAGGUCAGCUGAUUAUUGUGGCGUACAUAUAAUAUAGUUACAUUCUGGCACUUUAUUUUUUUAAAUGUGAAACAUUCUGGAUUCAGACAAUGGAGUCAAAAAAUGUAAACAAAUUCCCACGCCUGAACUUUGUUUUAUUUUUAACUCUAAACAAAAAGUGAAAUUCACAUUACACCAAGUUAAUGUGUAAUUUGGACAAACUGCAGCUCAGACAGAAGCUGAUCACAGCUUCACUGUUUCUCUCUCCUUUAUUGCUGCCUGUUUUUCAGAGACAAGCUGCUAAAUCAAAAACAGGCAAAAGUUACCACAUUUUUUUAUUAAACAAAUUUUAAAAAGGAUUUACACCAGGAAGGAAGGGAUUGUAAUGUCUUGUUUUUUACUUGAACAGGGAUUUUAAUUAAAACUUUUAACAUCAUAAGAGAUCAAGUGUAGAUCAUUCCUUUCUAAUUCACUUUCCUGCUUUCUGCUCGUUUCUUUUACAGGCACCUGAAGAGAACGCAGGCGAUAGAUCUCCAGAGACUGAGAAACUUCCAGCGGUAAUGAAAGGUUCUCUGUACCACCAUAGCAUCGAGGCACAGCGCCCAAAACAGACACCGAAGAUGCAAUCACAGGUUCGCAGAUAUUAUAGUUCCAAGAUUGCUGCCGCAACACUGCCGCCUGUCACUGAAGCACUCAGUCGUGUUGGUUCUGUUCCUAAUGACCCGACUACAUCAGACUUCAUGAAUGAAAACAGGAUGGGUAUGUCUGUUACUCCCGCGUCCUCCAGGACAGAAUAUGGCCUUUGGUCUGACCCACCACAACUGCAAAGACAGUCUGCUGGUUCUGCCCCCUCACCUGCUGAUUUUGGACCCUCACCUGCUGCUGAGUAUUUAGACUCAAUACACACAUACAUGAGGUGCCCUCUAUUAGCAGUUUCUUCUGUGGAACCAGCUGCGUUACAUUCACCUUUAGUUCAGCCAUUAUCAGACCGUAGGUCCAAAACAAGCUCUAAUGCUGGUAUAAGUCAAGGAUUAUUUGGGCAACCUCUCCCAUUAUCUGGAUCUCCAAGUAAAGGCUCCAUUCUUCGCAGGGUGGUAUCUAGUGCUGUGCAGCAGGAAGCCACACGUGAUUCUGCAGGCGAAGCUCCUUUGAGGCAUUUUGCAUCUGAAUGUUUUUUAAACCAAGAAGAAGAACUCUCAGCCUUUCAAGAGAAUGCAGGACGGACAGUCUUGUCUGAGGUUCCAGAAUCUGAUCCAACACCUCCCCGUAGUUUUACUGCUCUUCAAGCUCAAGCUCCUCAACUUAAAUCUCGAACAGCUCUCCGUAAAAAGUCCAUCAAACUGGACCAAAGAGUAGCUCCACCACCAGCUCUUCAAGCAUUUAGUGAAGCUUCACUACCUCCCCUUCAAGUAGCUAGUGGAGCUCCUCCUCCUCCACCUCCAGGGGCCAGUGGAGCUCCUCGUCGUCCUCCAAGGGCCUUUGGAGCUUUUCGUCGUCCAAUGCGCAUAGAGGCUCCUUCACCUCCAGGGGCUAUUUUAGCUCCUCCUCCUCCUCCUCCUCCAGGGGCCAGUGGAGCUCCACCUCCUCCCCCUCCAGUGGUCAGUGGAGCUCCUCCUCCUCCAUUUCCAGGGGCCAUUUUAGCUCCUCCUCUUCCAUUUCCAGUGGUCAGUGGAGCUCCUCCUCCUCCAUUUCCAGGGGCCAUUUUAGCUCCUCCUGCACCUUCAAUGGCCUUUGGAGCUCCUCCUCGUCCAAUGCGCAUAGGGGCUCCUCCACCUCCAGGGGCCAUUUUAGCUCCUCCUCCUCCUCCAUGGGCCAGUGAAGCUCCUCCUCCUCUUCCUCAUAUUCGUGACAGGGAAAUCUGUAGUUCAAAGUCAGUGGGUCCUGAGCUUCGUCAGAAACAGCUACAUCGUCAAUUUGAAGGUCCACGCCCAAAAAAGCUGGACCUGCAGCUGAAGUGGAUUAAGAUCUUCCAACUGCAGCAGGCGGACGGAUACUGGGAGUUAACUGUUGAGCUGGGAAAAUUGAUCAAUGUCAACGUGGAUGUGUUUGCUAACGUGUUCCUGAAGAACAAAGGCAUUCAUUCUCUGGGUGCAAAGGUCAACGCAGGCAUCCAGAGGCUGGUGGCGACUCUGCUGGUUCUGCAGCUGAUGAGGGAGGAGAAGCUGGAGGAAGGAAAACUGCUGCAGAGUCUGUUUCACCUGAUGGAGCCGACCGGGUCCAGGCCUGAGUGCUGGCAGCAGGUGAAGAAGGCAGUGGACUGGGUGCGCUGGGCCGACCGGGAGUAUCCGUGCGCCUGCAGCCGGCUGGAGCUCGGCUGGAGCUGGGAGUCUUCCACCCGCCAGCUGCUGGGCUUCGAACGCAUUCCCCCGUUCUCACCGCUCAUCAGCCUGGAGCUGCAGAAGACCGCAGCGCCGCUGGCCGUCCACUGAGGAAAUGAUGCAACACUUUCUGAAAGUUGUAUAUCAGUUUGUAUUUUGUUUUGCUUUUUAUCUGCUGUUUUUGUGCAAAGAGAUCAAGAUCAAAAUUACAUGAAAAAAUAUUAAAACAUGAGAGGAAGGAAGAGAAAGAUUCAUGUUUCAUCCACUUAAACGACACAAAAUUAGUAAAACUACACUCACAGAUGGAUUUAUAGAAUUAGAAACAAAGCCGUUGUCAAUCACAAACUGGAGAACAUAAUUGAUUCCUCAAUCUAAACGUCUUCCUUCCUAACAGAUUCAGAAAGCCAAACCUUGGUGGUUUGCUUUUAUCUUAGAAACUAACAAGAAUAGAUUAAAAUGUGUUUUAAUCUAUUUGGAGUUUAAUUCUUGUAUUAUAAAACUAAUUUUUUGGGAGAAAUUAGCUAAUUUUUGAACUUGCUUUCAGAUAUUACUUUCAUCUGAAGAUGGCUUAGAACUAAAAUAUGAUUUUUCUUUUCUUCAUUUUUUUUGUUUUGCAGCAGUUUAAGGGGCCUUUGUUUUUACAAACUGUUUAAACUUGCUUUUAUUCAUUCCUUUAUAUAUAAAAAUCAGCUUUCACCUGGAAAUAGUUGCAGGUAUUAGAAAUACAAACAGCAAAAAUAAUCUGCACCUAUUUUCAGUAUCAGUUAAUCUAAAGCAACAGUAUUUUUCACCAUCUAUGACAGUUACAUGUUAAAAUAAAAUUUCUGAGGCUCUUUACUCGGUUAUUAUGUCAGCAAUAAAUCAUCCAAAGGAUUCUAGAGGUGGUUUGCUUUUAUACAUGUUGAUUGAGUCUGUAAUCAUUUUAUUCGACUGAUUAAAGUAAUCUGAAAAUGUUUUUUUAAAUCUAAUUCUUUUGAAUGGCAUAACAGAAAAUUAAAUCAACAAAGCUGAAGUUCUGUCCAUGUAUUUGUUUCAAUCAUCUCAUCUUGUGAUUCUCUCAUUGAAACUUUGACAUUUUCGAUGAAGGAACGUAUACAAAUUAUCUGUUUUGAAUGCAUUUUAAUCAACUUCUUGUCUUUGUUUUCCUGUUGUUGUGUUUCAAAUUAUUUAAUUCCUGGAUAUCAGUGUCUGUUUUUGUUCAAUGUGAAAUUUAUCUAGAUCUAAAAUAAGAUUAGUGCAAUGUGUUUAUGAAUGACAGGGAUGUUGGUGCACGGAUACGUUGGUAAUUAAAGAUGCCAACCUAUGAUUUGUCAGCUCUUGUGUCAAACUAGGUAAAUGACUCCCCUCAAAGACUAAUUCUCUGAGCUUUAGCAUUUUCCAGAUUUAAAGAAAUGCUUUAUAAAAUAAAGGGGAUAAAGCUGA